AUGUCAUUACCCUUCCCCAUCAACCCGUCGGCCAUUCCCAUAGUGCGGACUCGGAAGGCGCUCAUAAUGCUGGACUUGCAGAAUGACUUCUUGUGUCGUGAGGGCGCCUUGUUCACCGAGGAGCCUGAAGACUACUUGGAACGAAUCCUGGAGGUAGCUAAAGCCUUCCGCGACUCCGGCGCUGGCGAUGUAAUAUGGGUGCGCAGCGAAUUCGAGAGCCAUCGCCCCCUGACGGAAGAAGGUGAUCAGAUCAUCACGACGGAUUCUAUGUUGCGGGACAAAAAGACGGCACAGUCGCGGGGACGCCAGCAGACUUCUACCGGGCAUGAAAGUGCGACGAUGGAGAAUGACGACGAGGCCUUCCUCAGUGUCGGUACGAAGAAGGAUAAGAAGACAUGCGUCCGCAAGGGGACGAAAGGCGCCGAAUUCGCGCCAAGGGUGAAAGCGGCUAUAGUUCCCGCGCGCGAUAUCGUGUUCACCAAGACACAAUACAGUGCCUUCGGAUCAGGACAACAGCUGGUUCAGAUGCUUCGGGGCCGGUUCGUGACCGAGAUGUACGUCUGCGGAGCGCUGACAAACAUCAGCAUCUACGCGACGGCGCUCGGGGCGGGACAGCAUGGGUAUGGCGUGACCCUCGUUGAGGACUGCUGCGGUUUCCGGAGCACUAUGCGGCACCUUAACGCCGUGCGCCAGCUCGACCACUUGGUAGGCUGCGAUGUGGUCAGCUCCGAUACCCUACUCGAUCAAUUACAACCUCCUCCUCCCACAGAGAGCCUGUCGACGGGGCUCUCGCCGUCCAUCUCCAAGAUUGCGCUUGAGCUCGGGAGUGGGUCUCCGGAGAGCUCCCCCGCACCCGGAUCCCCGCCGGCCAAGCCUGCUUCGCCGCAGCGGGCCCGGGACGAGCUCAAGCCAACAACUCCGCCUCGACGCACGGCCUCGAUUCAGAGCAAGAGUAGUUCGAAAGGGGAGAGGAAACGCCCUUUGGAAGACACGGGUCAUUUAGAAGCCGAGUCUGACCCCUCAUCAUCGGACCGUGAGUCAACGCAUAGCGCGAAGAAGCCCCAAGAAGCGCGGAGAAGUUCGCAGCCCCCGAAGGCGAAGCGGAGCGAAUUAGAAAGCUCAAAAGGUCCAACCCUCUCCCCCGGGACAGGCAGCACUCAUGCUGAAAAACCCAGGGUCGUAAAUCGGGUGAAGCAACGUACCCAACGCGCGCAGUCAAAUAAGAAGUCGACGCCCUCUUCAUCUUCGAGCCCCGUGAUUCCGGGCGACACCUCGAGUGACACGAAGAAGCGGAACCCCCCAGUGCCGACCACCACCAGCCCACCUCGUCCUCUGACGCCGGAACAAAAAUCAUCACCGCACAACAUGACGGAACCACAAGCAACCCCCGUUGUUGGCGAAGCCCUCUGCGAGGGCGACACUCACGUCAUCACCAAUGUCCUCCCGCCGCCCCUCGCUGCAGACGGAUUUGAGCGUCUCCUGGAAGAGGUCAGCUGGGCCAGCAUGUCACACAUGGGUGGGGAGGUGCCCCGUCGCAUUGCCGUGCAGGGGGCCGUCGCCGACGACGGCAGCAUGCCAGUCUACCGACACCCAGCCGACGAGUCGCCGCCCUUGCUUCCAUUCUCCCCUACCGUACUCCAGAUCAAGGCCGAAAUCGAGAAACAUCUCGGCCAUCCCCUCAACCACGUGCUCAUUCAGCACUACCGCACGGGCAAUGACUACAUCAGCGAGCACAGCGACAAGACGCUGGACAUUGCUCCCGGCACGUUUAUCGCCAACGUCAGCCUGGGUGCCGAGCGCACCAUGAUCCUCCGCACCAAGCGCCCACCCAAGGACAAGCACACCAGCACCACCACCACCACCACCACCACCGCCUCCCCGACAAAGCCAGAAGAAGCCCCCAGCAAAGAGGAGCCCCAACCCCAACCCCAACCCACCAGCGCCGAACCUCCCGCCACCCCGGAACCGCCCCGCCAAACCCACCGCGCCGCCCUGCCACACAACUCGCUCAUGCGCAUGGGCCUGCGCACCAACACGCGCUGGCUGCACGCGAUCCGGCAGGACAAGCGCGCGGACCGCGACCGCACCGCCCCGGAGCGCGCCUUCGGCGGCGCCCGCGUCAGCCUGACCUUCCGCCAGAUCGGCACCUUCAUCGACGCCGCGCAGGCCGUCAUCUGGGGCCAGGGCGCCACGUCGAAAACGAGGGGGGGCGCGCGUGCGGUGGUGAAUGGCCAGACGGAGGAUGCGGUGAGGUUGUUGAAGGCGUUUGGGGCGGAGAAUAAUCGCGGGGAGGGGUUUGUGUGGGAUGAGUGGUAUGGGGCCGGGUUUGAUGUGCUGCAUAUGGGCACGCCGAAGAGGGUGUUUUAUGCGGCCUCGCAGGGUGCGAGGGUUGAAAAUAUGCGGGUUGCGUGGGCGCUGUCGGAGAUGGCGGUGGGGUGUGCCAAGGGGAGUGUGGAGGGCGAGGUGCGGUUUGAGGAUAAUGAUCCGGGCAGGACGGUGGUGGAGGGGGAUGGGGUGGUGUUGCGGUAUUUGGACGCUGUGUAUGGCGCUGGCAGGCGCUAUGAUCACAUGCUGCCGGGGGAGGUGGCCAGGCGGGUUGUGCGGCUGCAGAGGGGGCUGGAGUUGCUGGGGAAGUGGACGGCUGCUGUCAAGGAGGUGGGUGUGCAUGUGGAAGGGGGUGAUGAGAAGCAUGCGAGUAAGGAGGAGGUGAAGGCCCUUGUCAAGCUGUUGGGCAAGGAGCUGGCGGAGUGGGACGGGUGGGCGAAAGAGGCCGCUAUCAGCGGAAUAAAAUUUUCCAUUGCCGGCGGCGAGCAGGCGGCGCCGGCUGACUUUGCGCUGUGGCCGGUUCUGCAUGAUAUGGUGAGGGUGUGUGGUGAGGAGGUGCUGGGAGAGCAUCUGGGGCAGUAUUAUUCUGCUUUCAAGGACUGGUGCUUGCUAGUGGAGGCUUUGGGCCACAUCAGGGCGGCGUGAGGAUUUUGGGUUUGGCUUAGGGCUGGGCUGGUUGGAUUAUCUUAUGAUAUUUUCUGAAUCGAGUAAGCGAGCAGAUUUGGUUGGAUGAAUGGGUUGGAUAGUUUGAGGAUACUCUGGAAUGACUUUGUGUUUGCAUCAACGGUUCGUUGUGUCUGUGGGUAAAGCGGGAUGUUUUUUUAGAUCGAUGGACGGUCGGGCAGGUGGAGGAUAUGGCGCGAGGUUCAUGAAUGAUUGCCUCAACUGUUUGUCAGAGACAACUGAAAGAUAUUAGUGUGAUGCCAUUUAGCAGCGGAUGUUAAACUCUAUGUUUUAAGCGGAAUGUAGAUGAGACUUAGAGAGGGCCACCUUCAAACAAGAAGUUGAAUUAUGAUUACAAAA